CCACAAUCUGAUCUCGUAACAAACAAAGUUUGAAAAUGUUCAUGUUGAUCGAGUUCCAUUCCAGUGUGUUUUCAUCGGCAAAUGUUGCCCUCUGGAGGACUAUCCCUGAUCAACUUAAACAAAGGACGUAUUGAAUUUUAUCGCUGGAAGUUGAGUUUCGUCACCUAGCAAAGACAACUUCGACGAACUUUUGCCUGUCUGGGGGGGGGGCAUGGCCACAGUGCGAGAACUAACUUAAAAGGUUUGUUACCCUAUGGUAGUUUCGCGAUUUUAUGUUAUGUAUUGAACACUUAUUUUUUUCAAGUCAUUUUUAGAUUUAUUAUCGUACAGUGUGACACAUAGGCAAAUAAAGAGGUAAUUAUGCAGCAUUGUUAAGUUUUGACGCAAAUAUAACCUGGAAGAUCAUAACAUACUGGACUAAGUGUCAUUUUGUCUAUGUUGAUUUUGUAAAACUGACGCUGAAGAAGCCUUUGAGGCUACGUACUCUAGUGUACAUUCCCACAGUGUAUAGCGUAUGUCGGUCAGCCACUGCAUAUAAAGGUACGUAGAACGGAUCCAAUGUAACGUUAUAGCAUUUUGUUUUGAUGAUUGUUUGGCCGCUAUCCUACACAUUCUUGUCAGCCGAGGUUUAUUGCUUACGAUGAGUUGUGCAUAGGCCUGACAGCUCAUGAUACAUAGAAGAUUGUCGAGUACAACUGAUAAAGGUAAGCAAAUGUCAAGCUAACUUUUACGAAGAGAUCUUUUCGAGCGUGCAUUUCUUAUUCUAAAAAAAUCUCUUUACAGUAGAUACAGGCACGGAUGCCUCCACAACGGUCGACAUCUGUGCUACCGAUUGCAUAGCUAGCUGAAUAGUGCUUAAAUAUGUAUAACAUGGAAAAAUUAAUCAAACAAUUAAAUAUCAACAACUAAUAUAUAUGAAGAAAAGGAAAAUAUUCCAGUGCGAAAAUAAUUUUCAUUUAUAUAACGCGAGUGCUGCACGACUUACAGUCGUCGAUUUUAUGAGGCCAUGACUUGUGACGCUGUCAUAUUAAAAUGCACAUUACUAAUUCAGUUCGAUCUGUAAUCUUAUUGUCUUACAUUUUACUAAGUUAUUUCAUAUAAUAAAAGGCCCAAAAUUUUACCUUAUUCUUUUUUAAUUCAACUUGGUUUUGUUUAAAUUAAAUUUCUGUACUGACAGUCUAGCUGUAGUACCUAGAAGAACACGUCGAAACUGCUGGGAAGGUUCAGAGAACGAUUUUACGUAGAAUCGCACUGCGUAGUAUAAGCUCGACACAGUAAAGCCCUCCAGGGGCUCUGAUUGGCAAAUGUGGGCAAAUUUUAGCAUGCGUAACCGACCAGACUAGACGCGACAGGUUCGUCGAUGCCAAAGAACGACACGUAACUCAAGAGAUAAGUGUAUCUACGUUUCAAUUACUAGCUAGACAAUUUGGAGGGUAUAUUGGGUCUUCAUAUAAGUUUAACACUAUUGGCAUAUCUUAUUUAUUUUAGCAAUUCUAUAUACUUUGGACAAGCUAGCCUUCUAAGCUCCUUAUCUAGAAUUCUUUAUGCGUUCAUCUGCCACAUAUAAUGUAUAUCAGCCGAUUUUAGUCUACAUUGCGAUCACAGAAUACCGUCAACAACGCACUGCAUAACACUGUAACAUCCUUAUGUAUUGUUAAUAUUCCUAUAAAUAUAAACAUAGGAAUCAACACAGAGUGGCCCUUUUUGCGAACGGCACGAGUUUCACUGCGUAUGGCAUCCAAAGAUGCAGGAAGGCAACGCAGGCCGCAAGGACGACCAAAUCGUCUUAUCACUCGCCCUUUCAACUUGCUCGACCUGCAUCUUUUACCGAGCGUUGUGACAGCAGCCGUAUGAAGCAAAGGGCUCCGUUAGUUUUGGCAAGGCACUGUGCCAUCAGCAUGGUGCAGAAGGCUUACCGUUUCUAUGGCCCAUGGCAGCUCUCGGUUGUUACUACCGUCCACGCCUACGUCGUCGUCGAGGAGAGCAAGCGAUCCACGCAGAGAGCUGGCGCUAUGAACAUCGGCGCAGCAGAAGGUUUGAACAAAGCAGACCGGAAGGAAAGGGAAGUUUCGACCAGAGCUCCCCCGUAUCCGCGCGUCACCAGCAGCCAACGUUGGAGUGUCCUGCCGUAACGCUGGAACGACAGCUAUGACGACAAAUUACAUCGGUACCACUGUAAGAGCUUGAAAAGUAAGCCCGCGCGCCUGCUUGCAUUAAUUUGUCGUUGGCAGUGCUUACGAACAAACGAACGACUGGUGCUGCAACUGUUUUAAAUCAUAGCUUCGCUCCCAAUUCAGCACCUCUAGGUCAUGCAAGCCACAAUGCAAGGAUGCCCGCAUUUAUAAACAGAAUGUGUAUUUGUAGGCAAGAGAAGAAAGCAGACUGAAUAACGUGAACUGAUACGCAUUUCGGCGAAAUUUAUUCAUGUUGAUGAAUACGUGCGUAAAAAACAUGGAAACUGACACAGGUGUACUAAUGGAUAGAGUUGUCGUUGUGCCCUAACUCUACGGAAAAAUUGUAAACUUUUCUAUGUUUAACGUGUUCGUUUCCCUGUUACCAAUAUGCCUAGAGAAAUCCCACUGAGGCUGUGUUCGGCAAGCAUUCUUUCCUUAUGGACAGUAGUGCUAUGGUCGGUGCAAGUGUGCGCCCAGUUAUCGCCCCAACCCAGCUCCAUCCUAUUUAGACUGCAAGAUAUACCACGGAUUCCAUUUCCUCCACCGGGUAACGCAGCCCAGUCUAUACAGGUAUCUCCGGAUAUUGCCCGUACGUCAACUACCCGUGUUGUCCUUGACCAGGGAGCUAUUAGAGGAAAACUGGUCGAAACUCCGUCGCAACGGGGCCUGAUUGCCUUUCUCGGAAUACCUUACGCAGCCCCGCCGGUCGCCAGUAUGAGAUUUAAGCCUCCACUAGCUCAUCUUGGCUGGAGUUCGGUAUGGGACGCCACUGACUGGCGGGAAGUUUGCCCGCAGCUCGAUUAUCGUGGCAGACCUAUAGGCUCUGAGGACUGCCUGUUCCUUAACGUCUUCACCCCCGGAAUUAAGAAAGGAAAUACUUUUCCCGUAGUAGUCUUUGUGCACGGGGGUAAUUUCGACUCGGGAAGUGGUAACUUGUUUGGACCUCAAGCGUUGGUUGACCAAAACUUAGUUGUCGUGACGCUUAACUACCGUCUCGGAAUGCUUGGUUUCGCUUCUACUGAGGAUGACGCCCUCCCAGGAAAUCUUGGACUUCGAGAUCAGCUGUUAGCCCUGCAAUGGGUUCGUGAUAAUAUCGCUGUAUUUGGCGGGCAGCCGGAUCGAGUUACUCUUCAGGGUCAGGGUUCAGGAGCCGUCUGUGUCCUUCUCCAUGUCGUAUCUCCGCAAAGCAAGGGACUUUUUCAUCGUGCAAUGGUACAAUCGGGUACUCCCCUUUCGGAGGGGUCGCUUCACAUGUCUGUCCGAGAAGCAACCCAAUCGGCGGCCCUAAGCCUGGGAUGUUCGUCAGUGAUUUCGAGCCAUGACGUGCGGGACUGUUUAUACAAUAUACCAGUUCACGAAUUGCUACGUACACAGCAGGAAGGCAAGAUACUUGGCGACUACCCGUUGAAAUUUACUCCGCGCAUCGACCCCGACUCUCAUGAGCCCAUGCUCCCCACCAGCCCAACAGCGCUUCUUGCUUCGGGAAACUUUGCCAAGGUGCCCAUAAUAAUUGGUUAUAACAGAGAUGAGACAGCGGUAUUGUAUCCUGAACUUCUAGCUUUACUUCGAAGUGAACUCGGGGAUGACCAAGAUUAUGUAAGAAAUAUCCUCCUGCCAAAAUUUUUCCGGACAGCGCUCAAUAUUCGCGAUUUCUCUAAGGAGACACUCGAUGACGUUUAUGAAAACUACUUUUCUGGGACCAACUAUAAGGAUCAUGAUGGUAUCAUUCAGGCGUUUGUGAAUAUGUCAACAUCAGCGCUCUUUGUUGUUCCCAUCCUUGAGACGGUUGUGCUGCUGGCCAGAUCAUCUCCUUCGACAUUUGUCUACUCCUUUUCGUAUCGUGGCGACAUCAGUAUGCUUGACUCAAAGCUAGGCCAAAGUGCUUCCCGUCGAGUAAAUUUAGGGCCCGCUCAUGGAGACGAGCUCCUCUAUCUGUUCCAGGUGAUCGGAAGCGGUCUUCGGCCCUCGACGAACCUUGUUGAUGAAAUGGUUUCACGACGGAUGAUAAAAAUGUGGAGUGAUUUUUCCCGAGUGGGGGCUCCAGUACCGUCCCCCGACCGGGAAUACUUACCCUGGUCACCUUCCAGCCCUUCAAAUAUUACCAUUUAUCAACUGGGCCGAUCUCUUCGACCUCACUUUAUCGAACCCCAGGAGGCCGACACAGUAGCUUUGUGGAGGUCAGUGCUUCCCCAGAUGACGGACAACACUAAACAAGUUGAACAGGUGGCCCUUUCAGGCCAUACAUCGGUUGAUCCGGUGUACCGAACACUGGCCUACUCCAUGUUAACCGUCGCGUUAGCCUUACUUGUCGCUGUAACUGUGCUACUUGCUAUCCUCUACCGACAAACUCGAAGUAAUAGUUUUAUGUGUGGAGGAGCUACGCCGGAGACCAAUUCGAGAAGCUCCCCUGACAAUACUUACGAUAUAUACUGACUAAACCAGACACAGCCGGCGCGGAUGGAGGGUCGUGCGAAAGCUCUACGUAUACGUGGCGGAAACAUAGCUUCGCUGAGUAAUACGGUGACUAAACAAACGGCCUGGAACAGAACUGGACUGAGACAAGCGGAAGCAAAUGACGAAGAAAAUAUUAGCGACAACUCUAAUAAACAGUUCUAUGACCAAUUUCAACGGCCGAAGCGAAACCGAUCCGAAGAAAGCCACCAAAAAAUGACCUCUGAUAUAACUAGAUUAUGACAGCAUUAACAAGUACGAGCUAACCAGUUACUUAAGUCAAAAACCUUUAAAUGACAACGGGGUUCAUAGUCAUCCAUAGUUAAUUUAAACAAAUAUACUAGGUAAUAUUUUAUGAUAUUUUUUGAAAUUAAUAAAUUCGUGUGUACUGGAAAUAAACUUAAGUGUUCUAUUUGUGAAGCGUGGUAACAUAACAAAUUCAUAUACUCGCCAGAGGUGUUUGCCUACUGUGCUAAUAAUUUGAGAUUUUUUAAUCCAAAUGCUAAAAUUUUAAUCCGCUAAGGAACCGAAACUUUUUCUAUUAUGCCAUCGGUACAAAAGGCUCACUGAAGCAUGGUUUCCGGCAUCCUCAUACAAAAAACUUUGAAUCGUAAAGAGCCGUAGAACAAAUAACCUACAUACUUAAAUUGAAUUUAAUUUUGAAAAGACUUAAUGCGAUGUAGCAAGAUUUAGUUGUGUCGUAAUAUAAAAAUCCGAAUUAAAAGACACACACUAUUAUUCAAAACGUAUUUGAUGCUACCAAGUCUAAUUCUAGGAAAAUAUUUGUGAUGAAAUUACCAAUGCGGGGCCAAUGCGAAAACGCUAUCGAUGGUCAUUGUUUGGUAAACUUUUUUUGCACACCCUUGAAUCAGGUGUGGAUAUCUUCUUAGCUAAGUUGAAAUAUUAAUAUUUUAGUUGAAGACGUUGUCUCUGAGCUCUACAGAUAAUGGAAAGCCUUUUUUUUAGAUUUAAAAUGCAAUAAUCAGCCUGUAUGCAAAAUGCACAAAUAAUAUAGGCAAUUGUUCAGAGCAAAAUUAGAAGAAAGAAAGAAAUUUAAGUCCUUAAUUUCCGUACAAAUGCAGGAAGUUAGAUAGAUAAAUUUCUGUUUGUUAUGGUUACGAUUUUUGCUAUUAUUUCUUUUGUUACUUCACGGCAGAAACAAAGUAGAUAUAAGUGUAUUUAUAGAAAUAAGCCGUACAUAUGAAAACAGAAGAUAUCCACAGCAAUAUAUUCAAUAUUUUUUUUUAUAUAAGAAAGUUCAAAUGGUACGUUUUUUUACACAAAAACUGAAUGAUUUGUAUACAACGUUGUCUGAUUAUUGAUGAUUGUUAAUUAUCUGAUAUCGUG